GUAUGAAGCAGCAGAAUGACCACGGCACUCAAUAUCGUUCAGCCAUUUACACAUCCAGCCCGGCUCAACAGGAACUUUCACUGAAGAGUAAAGCAGCCUUUCAGCAGGAGCUGGAUAAGAAAGGCUACGGUCCCAUCACAACCGAGAUUCUGGAGGGGCAGCAGUUUUACUACGCUGAGGACUAUCAUCAGCAGUAUCUGAAGAAGGUACCAAAGGGCUACUGUGGCCUCAAAGGCACAGGGGCCUCUUGUCCCAUUGGAGCCAUCAAGGAAGACCUC